AUGCCAUAUCACGAUAUUGCAGACUACAACAAAAGCUCUCCUUUGUUUGUCACUAGAGGUGCCUUCCAUAUCUUCAUGGGAAAUGCCCUAGGCCGUGCGAUCGUUGUUCUUCGUCCUCUUGUAACCAUCAUCUCCUUUUCCUCUGUAUACAUCACCUACGCAAAAAAAGCUGUCGAGGCCAGCGCUGCUGAGAAGCCAUGGCGAUAUGAGGCAAAAGAAGAAGAAGAAGAAGAAGAAGAGUAUAAGAUAUUUGAUCACGAAAUUUCCCACGGUGCCACAAAAGAAACGCCCACUCAUUAUUUAAGCACCCCGACGCAAAGUCAUACGGUCGCGACAACUAUCCCAUCUCUACCCGAUCGCGUCGUAGUAAUGGCAAAGCUUCCCACAGACGACACACGCUGGGUACAUACAGACCUUCCAGACUGGCAAUCGGCCAUCUACGACAUCGACACGGAGACUCCGCACAAGAUAUCGAAUCUGGACCCGCUCACAAACAGUACUCUACGUGCGCUUCGCAACAAAGAUGGCUACCCAGUCACCUGGCAUACCGAUAACAGCGAACCCUCGAAUGUAGUCUCUCUACAAACCCUUAAUAUAAACUUCAUCCAAGGUAAUGGCUACGCGAAUUUGCGUUGCAUUCCUGAUCCAGGAUGCCCCCACGAGGUGAUGCCGUUUCGAGAUCGGCCGGAGGAACACCGAACAAUCGAAGCAGCAAUGCCAGAUGCGUGGCGAGACUUGUUCAACAAUACAGAUGUACCGCACAUACUGGCCACUCCUUGCUGCGCACAGUUUGCCGUGUCGAGCAAGCAAGUGCGGAAGCGGCCGUUGGAUGAAUACAAAAAGUAUUAUACGUGGCUGAUGGAAACACCGCUAAAGGGUGAGACCAGUGGGUGGGUUUUCGAGUAUCUCUGGCAUAUUUUGUUUGGCCAAGAGCCGGUUUAUUGUCCCGCAUACGAAAAAUGUUAUUGUGAUGUGUAUAACAAAUGUUGA